AAAAAUAGAAACAUAAUUCUCUUUUGUUCUUUUUCACAAAAGGGGAGAAAAUUGGAGAAAGGACAAAAAGGAAGAAAAUUGGAGAAAGGAUGAAGAAGGUUGUUUCUUAAUCAAACAUGGAUAAUAUAAGAAGAUUCAUUUGGGGAAGAAGAUAAUAAUGAUAUCCGAUGAAAACAAGUGGAUGCAGCUAAUGCUAUGGUUGGGCCACGGUCAUGGCUUGGAGGAUUCUUUUAUCGUUUAAGCAAUAAGCAGAAUGGUACUGAAAGGCUCAUUGAUUAUACUCUCACUUCUGUUCAGCAACAAAGACUACAAAGGCUUAAAGAGCGGCUGAAUGUUCCAUUUGAUGAAACUCGACCAGACCAUCAAGAAGCUCUCAAAGCACUGUGGCAAACAUCUUUCCCAACAACAAACCUUACAGGCAUGGUCUCUGAGCAAUGGAAAGAUAUGGGUUGGCAAGGUUUAAAUCCAUCAACAGACUUCCGGGGCUGCGGAUUUGUUUCACUUGAGAAUCUACUAUUUUUUGCUCAGACCUACCCGAUUUCUUACAAAAGAAUAUUACUUAAACAAGAAGGGACAAGAGCUGUAUGGGAAUAUCCAUUUGCUGUUGCAGGCAUUAAUAUUACCUUCAUGUUAAUCCAGAUGUUGGAUCUAUAUUCAGAAAAGCCUAAAUCUCUUCCGGGGGCAAAUUUCAUAAGAGUACUAUCUGACGAGGAAGAAGCUUUCGAUAUACUAUAUUGUGUAGCCUUUCAGAUGAUGGAUGCCCAAUGGCUUGCCAUGCAAGCUUCUUACCUGCAAUUCAAUGAGGUAUUGCAAGCAACAAGAUGCCAAUUGGAGAGGGAGCUGGCUUUAGAGGAUCUCCAUCGAAUUCAAGACAUGCCAGCUUACAACCUUUUGUACAAAUAACAUUCAACAUGAAAUUGUAAAUUCAUAGUUCACUUUUUUUAAAUUUAUUUUAUUUCAUUUAUCUUCUUUCCUUUUCUUAGAAUCUAGGUUUAGUAGAGAGUGUAACUAGAUCCAAUAGUAGUAUAUGAGAGGAGAUGACCCCGUAGUCUUUAUCUGUCCAAAAGAUUGGAAGGAGAGAACUUUAGAGAGAAUAUGAGAUGAUGACUACAUAUUGUGAGAUUGAAACAUUGAGAGAUAAGAGAUGAUACUGAUCCAUCUUAUAAGGUUCUCCAUAAUGAAUUUUUCGUAUUGUGCUCUUUUG